AUGGCCACUGGGGCUGCUCUGCUGUCCCAUGAUGCCGAUAGGACACAACAAGAAAUCUUGGCUGAUGGAGCGACCCCUGAUAUCCCUGUAGCAGGAUCCCAUGAUGGAGCGACCCCUGGCAUCCCGGAAGCAGGAUCCCAUGAUGCAGUGACCCCUGGCAUCCCGGAAGCAGGAUCCCAUGAUGGAGUGACCCCUGGCAUCCCGGAAGCAGGAUCCCAUGAUGGAGUGACCCCUGGCAUCCCGGAAGCAGGAUCCCAGGAAUCAUUGACUUUCAAGGACAUAGCUGUGGACUUAUCCCAGGAGGAAUGGGGGCAGCUGGCUCCUGCAUACCGGGAUUUGUAUCGGGAGGUGAUGCUGGAGAACUACAGAAACCUGGUAUCAGUGGGAUAUCAACUUUCUAAGCCUACUGUGAUUUCCCAGUUGGAAAAAGGAGAGGGACCAUGGAUGGCAGAGAGUCAAGACCCAGAGGAUCCCAUUUUAGAUGUGAAGAAUAAACUAGAAACCAAGGAGUCAACCACAGAGGAUGGCAUUUCUGUCAAGCUCUAUCGUGCCAUCAUGAGGGGAAGGCUGACAGAGGAUGAUAUAGUUUGUUCUCCAUUGAAAAAAGCCUCCAGCUACAGUGAUACAUUAGAGAGCCACCAGGCAACCUGUAGGAAAGGCACGAGGCGAGCCAUUUGGACCCACAAAAAGAAACACCAAGAAAUGAACAAGUUGGAAAACCCAGAGAGUUCCAAUGUUACUUUGGAACAGAAGCACUGUAAAUACAAACCAGCCAGAAAGAGGAACAAAUAUAAAUUAGAUUCAAUUAAUCAUCCAGUGAGCUGUAUGAGAGCCAGAAGGUACCCAUGUAACGUAUGUGAGAAAAUGUUCAAGCAGCCCAUUCACCUUACUGAGCACAUGAGAAUUCACACUGGCGAGAAGCCGUUCAGGUGCAAGGAGUGUGGGAGGGCCUUUAGUCAGAGCGCAUCUCUCAAUACACACCAGAGGAUCCAUACUGGUGAGAAGCCCUUCGAAUGUGAGGAGUGCGGCAAAGCCUUCCGGCAUCGCUCGUCGCUUAACCAGCACCACCGGACUCACACUGGAGAGAAACCUUUCACAUGUGACAAAUGUCAGAAAGCCUUUAGCCAGAACAUCAGCUUGGUCCAACAUUUGAGGACUCAUUCCGGAGAGAAGCCCUUUAGCUGCAAUGAAUGUGGGAAACCCUUUCGACAGAUUAGACACCUUAGUGAACACGUAAGAAUUCACACUGGGGAGAAGCCCUACAAAUGCACUUCCUGCUGUAAAACAUUCAGUCAUAGAGCAUAUCUCACACAUCACCAGCGAAUCCACACUGGGGAGAGACCCUACAAAUGUAAGGAGUGUGGAAAAGCCUUCAGGCAGAGGAUACACCUUAGCAACCACAGGACUGUUCAUACGGGGGUGAAAGCAUACGAGUGUAACCGCUGUGGGAAAGCCUACAGGCAUGACUCCUCUUUUAAGAAACACCAGAGACACCACACGGGAGAGAAGCCUUAUGAAUGUAAUGAGUGUGGAAAGUCCUUCAGCUAUAACUCAUCCCUGAGCCGACACCAGAAAAUCCACAGGAGGAACGCUUUCUGAGAUGAUCCAGGCAUGAGAACAAAAGGCAGCUCUGAAUUGGUGAUUCUGAGCUUUAAAAUUUCAGGACUCAAGUAACCUUGAGAAAUUGAUAACAACGGUGGCAACUUUUGAUUUUGCCAAAAGUGUAAAUAAAUACCCGGUUGAUUACUACUGUCUGACACGCAAAAUGAUAAA